UGUGCUUACUAAUACAUGUCCAUUUGGUUUAAUCAACAGGACGGAUUGUUUAUUAUAACGCUGAUACCAUCGGAGGCGUCUAUUCGGUGCAACAUCGAGCCGCGCACGUAUAUGCUGCAGAUGACGCCGACGGAGCUGCAGCUGAAGUCGGAGGAUCUGAACGUGACGAUUGCCAUGUGGCCGUAUCGAUUCAUUCGCAAGUACGGCUACAGGGAUGGUAAGUUCCAGUUUGAGGCCGGGCGCAAGUGCACGACGGGCGAGGGCGUCUUCACGCUGGACCACACCAAUCCGCAGGAGGUCUUUCGCUGCAUGUCCGCCAAAAUGAAGUCGAUGAAGAAGCUGAUCAGCGGCGACAGCCUCAGCAGCAUCGAGUGCGUCGAGAAUCAGUUCAGUGCCGCCGCCUGCAUGGAGCCCGGCUCGCGCAGCCCGCUGCCGCCGUCGCCCUCGAGCAAUCCGCAUGCCGGCGAAUUCGAGAUCAACUCAACGCAGAGCUGCAUCUCGCUGCGCGGCUUCAUCAGCUCCAAUGACUCGCUGAACAACUUCUCGGCGAACGGCAGCGCCAACAGCAUCAGCCUGUCCGUGCCAUCGCAAGCAGCCGGCAAACACAUUCCCAACAAGCCGCCGCGCAAGCUGCCCACGCCCCUCGAGAAGCUCAACAUGGGCGCGGCGGCAGCCGUUGCUGCGGCUGCACUGCCACCAGCUCCAGCUACUGUACUGGCUGGCACAAUAACUCAAUGUGAUAAAUAUAAGAAUCUUCUGAAGUAUGAACCGGUUGCCAUAACCACAUCGUCGCCAUCGGAUGCCAACGGCAAGAGCAGCGGCUCGGCUGUGAUACUGAAGCCUGCCUCCCCAGAUCCGUUGCGUGCCAGCGGUGGCAGCGGCGUCGGCGGCGUCGGCGGUGGUAGCCCGCCCGACCUGCCGCUGAGGAACGAGAGCUGCUGCAACAAGCUGCCGCUGGAGCGUGACUACGAGUCCAUCGAGAACAUAACCGAGGCGUGGAAGACGCGCGGCGUUGGCGAUGUGCGCCACUGCGAGCGCAUACCCUCGGCCAUCAGCUGUGACAGCGACUUUGUGCGGCAGCGCUCGCAGUCGCAGCGCGACAAGCGCAAGGAUCUGAGCACCAGCGGCGCGACAAGCGGCAGCAGCACGCCCAAGAUAAUAGACAUUGACAUUGGCGAGGGCGUGGGCGUGCUGGUAUCGCCGGAUGCCAACUACGAUCGGCUCGACUUUCUAUCGCCGAACAACAAAACCUCCAGCGGCUACAAGACCAUCGUGAACGUAACACUGCCUGCGAAUCGUGUACGCUGCAGUCCGCCGCCGCCGAAUGAAUAUGAACUGAUUGCUAGUCCCGAUACGGAGAGUUUUCGCAAGGCCGACGAUAGUCAUCUGGGCUAUGGGGUCCUGCGCAAAGCCGCCAACAAUACUGCCAUCAGCAACAACAACAACAACAACAACAACAACAAUAACAAUAAUAAUAAUAACAACAACAACAAUAACACUAAUAAUAGCAACAGCAGCAUCAACAACAAUAGUAGUACCGGCAGCAAUCUCACAGGUCUCUGUGUCACGCCCACAACGAACCUAAGCAACGACGCCGCCCUCGAUCAUCGCAGCUACAACGGCCUCAACUAUACGAUCGUCAGCAAGCCCAAGCGUGUGUGAGGGCGCGUGCGAGAGAGAGGGAGUGAGAGAGAACACAGACAGAUACAUACUGACAUAGAUCGUUAGACAGAGACUCUG